GCGAUAGCAAUAGUGGCUCCCUGCAUUCGAAGCUUCCAACAUGUCUAACGAGCUACUGCUACUGCUCGCCACCCUAUCGAUCGUUUUCUAUAUCUGGCAGAGACGGGUCUUCGCCUUUUGGAAGCGCCAUGGGGUGAACUACAUCCGCCCAGUGCCCCUUCUGGGCUGCACCCGCGAGUUUCUGACCGCUCGAGUCCCGUUCUUCGAGCAGAUCCGCAAGUUCCAUGAGGCACCCGGCUUCGAGAACGCCCCCUUCGUUGGUGUUUUCAUGGCCUAUCGUCCGGCCUUGGUGAUUCGCGAUCUCGACCUGGUCAAGACGGUGAUGAUCAAGAAGUUCCAGUACUUUAACAAUCGUGUGCUGCAAACGGAUCCGCAUAACGAUGCCCUUGGCUUCAACAACCUAUUCUUUGCCCGCAGUCCAGAGUGGAGGGAGCUGCGCACCAAGAUAUCGCCAGCCUUUACCACGGGCAAGAUCAAGCAGAUGUAUCCUCUGAUGGUGAAGAUUGGAAAGAAUCUGGAAGACAGCGCGGAACGCCUGGGCAGUGGAUCGAACGUCCAGGUCAAGGAUCUGUGCGCCCGCUUCACCACCGACCUGAUAGCCACCAUAGCGUUCGGCUUGGAGGCCAACGCUCUGCAAAACGCAAAGAGCGAAUUCUUCUAUCACAACAAGGCCAUCUUUGCGGUGACCUUGGGAAGGGCCAUUGACUUUGCUAUCAUUUUCAUGCUGCCCGCUCUGGCGACGCUGGCCCGCGUAAAACUCUUCUCCAAGGAAACCACCAAGUUUAUCCGCACCAGCAUCAACUACGUCCUGACGGAACGCGAGAGGACCGGUCAGAAGCGGAACGACCUUGUCGAUAUCCUGCUGGCUUUCAAGCGCGAGGCUGCCGCCAAUCCGGAGAAGUCGCAAAAGGCGCUCGAUCUGGACUACUUGGUGGCCCAGGCGGCCAUUUUCCAGACAGCCGGCUACGAAACCAGCUCCUCCACAAUGACGCUGGCCCUUUACGAGCUGGCCAGGCGAGAGGAUCUGCAGGAGCGCCUGAGGCAGGAAAUCAGCGACUUUUUCGGCGACGAGGAUCAUGUCAGCUACGAGCGAAUUCAGGAGAUGCCCUACCUAUCGCAGGUGGUCAACGAGACACUGCGCAAGUACCCGAUCGUCGGCUACGUUGAACGCGAAUGCUCGCAGCCGGCGGAGGGUGAACGCUUCACCCUCGAACCGUUCCACAACAUGGAGCUGCCGCAUGGAACGUCCAUCUACAUGUCCACUCUGGCCAUCCAUCGCGAUCCGAAGUACUGGCCAGAGCCAAAGGAGUUCGAUCCGGAGCGCUUCAAUCCGGCCAACCGUGACAAGCUCAACAUGGACGCCUAUAUGCCGUUUGGUGUGGGUCCCCGCAAUUGCAUCGGCAUGCGAUUGGGUCUGCUUCAGUCAAAACUGGGCCUGGUGCACCUGUUGCGUAACCAUCGGGUACACACGUGCGACCAGACCGUUAAGGAGAUCGAGUGGGCUGCCACCAGCCCGGUCCUUGCGUCCAAGAACGAAAUUGUCCUUCGUCUGGAAAAGGUUUAAGUUCAGUGGACAAGGUUGAUCUACUGCGUAGGUGAAAUGUAAAUGUUGUUGAAAUAUUUUUAAAUAUAAAAGAAACUGCAUUCCAAAGAAGAAUCGCUUUACAAUCGUGCUAACAG